AUGAGCAAAAAGAAGUCGUCUCGGCACGGCGACGAGAAGGGCCGGUCAGCCCGGCACCGCGUGAGCAAGCUGGCGUCUGCGAUCGCAAAGCGCGAGCUGGCCAAGGCUCGCACUCUCCUAGCGAGCCUCGUCGCUGAGCCGGCGGCGGCAGAGAGCCUCCGCUCCCAGCUGCGCGCGAAGCCGCACCGAGGCAUCGCCGAGGGCGACACGCUGCUCCAUCUCGCCGUCAAAAGCGGCGACGCCGGCCUCGUUCGGCUGCUCACGGAGCACGGUGCGGACGUGAAUGCCGCCGAUGCGCGUGGGCGGCUUCCGGGUCACCGGCUGUUCGGCGUGUGCUGCCCGCCUGAACCGGCGCCUGCAGAGGCGGAGGCGGCGGCGCUCUACCGGCGCGCCUUUGGGGGCGACUACGAGGGGCUUGGCGCCGCUCCGCCGCCGCCCUCGGAGGAGUCGGCAUGGCGGGAGCGGCUAGCCGAGGAGAGCGGCCGUGGCAGUGCUGAGGAGAGCUACUUUGAGGCGGCGGAGCGGGGAGAGACGUCCGGCGGCGGCUUCGGCUGGGCGGGCGACAGCGAGGAGGGCGGGUACGCGUCGUGGUCCGACGAUGGCGGCGGGGACUGGUUCUCGGAGGCCGAGCUGCGGCGAUGGCACCCCGACAAGUUUGUCGCGCGGUGGGGGGCGAGGCUCUGCCCCGCGGAGCGCGAGGCCAUCCUCGCGAGAGUGACGGCCGUGUCGCAGUGCCUCACGCAGCUGAUGGCGGGCUGA